AUUUACGAAGUCGUGCCGUGUGCCUAAGACCGUUGAAUACUUGCCGACAUAGGAAAUGUUCGGCGCAAGGGGCCUCUGCCACGUCUCGGCAGCAGAUAUGCCUGCAACGGUAUCCAUGCGGGCUCCAAUUCCAGCGUCCUUAAGGCCAGCCGCGCGCAGUGGACUGCAUUUGCGGCAAGCAGCGUUCCACCGGCGGCGGCCUUCCAGCAUCGGCGUGAUUUGCGGGGCGGCAGCAAAGGAUUUGGAGGCUACAUCAGCUAGCAGCAACGGAACUUCCCUGCAGCAUGAAGUCAAGCCUUCAAAGUUGUCCACUGCAGCAGUUCAUGGCGGCGAGCGCGCCGGACGACCUCGGGUAGCAGAUGCGCUCACCACUCCGAUUGUGCAAACUUCAACGUACCACUUCCGAAACACGGCAGAGCUGAUUGAAUACAACGAGGGUCGCUUCGAUUCGUUCGAGUAUGGUCGGUAUGGCAACCCGACUACUCAGGCGUGCGAAGCAAAGAUCAAAGCCCUGGAGGGUGCGGAGGACUGUUUGGUGUCCGCUUCGGGCAUGAAUGCGGUUACAAGCAUGUUGCUGUCGCUCGUUCCGUCGGGUGGGCAUAUCGUGACGACGUCUGAUUGUUAUUGGCGCACCCGGCAGUUCAUGCAAAACUUCCUACCGAAGAUGAACGUUGGUGUCAGCGUCAUCAAGCCCAACGAUCUCGCUGCUCUUCAACAGGCUUUGGAUCAGCAUAACGUGACCUUGUUCUUCUCGGAGUCGCCGACGAAUCCCUACCUGCGCUGCGUAGACAUCCCGGCUAUCGCGCGACUCUGCCAUGCCAAAGGCGCGGCGGUCUGCAUCGACAGCACCUUCGCGACCCCCAUUAACCAGCAGGCGCUCGCUUUAGGCGCGGAUUUGGUCCUGCACUCAGCUACAAAGUACCUUGCUGGCCAUAACGAUGUUCUGGCGGGUGCGCUGUGCGGCAAGCCCGAACUCGUUGGCAAGGUGCGGGAAUUCCACCACAUUAUGGGAGGUGUUGUUGAUCCUCACGCGGCCUACCUGCUGCUUCGCGGCCUCAAGACGUUGGACCUGCGCGUCGAGCGCCAUAACAGGUCCGCAAUGGAGAUCGCGCGGCGACUGGAGCAACACCCUAAAAUUGACCGCGUGUGGUACCCGGGGCUUGAGAGUCACCCCGACCACGCGAUUGCGAAGCGCCAGAUGAGCGGUUUUGGUGGCGUGGUCAGCUUCGAGGUGCGCGGUGGCCUGCAAGAGUGCAUCAGCUUCAUCGAUAAUGUCAAGCUGCCGUACAUUGCACCGUCGCUCGGUGGCGUGGAGAGCUUGAUAGAGAUGCCCGCCGUCCAGUCAUACUGGGGUUUCGGGCCGGAACGUCGUGCACAGAUUGGCAUUAAGGAGAACCUAGUGCGGUUCAGCAUCGGCAUUGAGGACGUGGAUGACAUUUGGGCUGACUUGGUGCAGGCGCUUGAGUACGUGCCAUGAGCCAGCAGCGCGGCAUGAAGCAGCGGCAGCAGGGAGCAGCAGCGCAGCGGCUUGUUUACAUUUGUUAGGAGGACGCCUUCAACACACCUAUAUAUCCGCAAUUGGGGACCUUGGAUUAGGUUUUACCUCGGGUCAUUAGGGACGAGCAGGUGGACGUUAGACAUUGCACAGCCAGGAGCCAGGCACUGCCUUGAGGCGCGCCAGGCAGGUCAGGCAACAGCGCGGUGUUGGGCCAUACGCUUGAUGUGGGUCGGGCAGUUGUUCGUGCAGCGUAGGCGCCUGGGGUUGUGCAGCUACACUUGUUUGCAGCGGUGGGGCGGGGUUACCUAGUUGUCGCGGUAAUCUGUGGACGAUGUGGGCAUGGGGUACAGGGUGCAGGCAGCUGCUGACACUGCUGGCUUUGAUCCUAACAUGUUUUGCCUGGGGUAAGGGCGGAUCAACGCGCUUCGAUGACCUAGUUGCGAAUCGUGGUCCUCUGCUUAUUUGCGUCAUCAAAGAUAACACAGCUCAUGAUAAUAUACUGUAUGGGCAGCUAGCCCUGAGCAUUGGUGCCCCUGAUGUGGGCACGGUUUCAGGUGAAGAGAGUGCGAGAUCUUAGUGAGAGUUUUAACCACCCCCGGUCGGCUCGUGCCUGCCACAGUACAACCUAUGCGAUUGUAUGCAGUUCGUCAUUGCUUUAAGGUAAUCUACAGGUUGCCGCGGUCACGGCUACGGACGCAUACAUAUCCCGCAAGCUUGAUUUCUGUAGUGAGGGCCGGCCGAUACCGUAGUUGUCUUGAUCUGGGUUACUUCGGAUUGUUGGGGCAACAGCAAUCCCAUUGCUAGGCGUCAUGCGACCAGUCCCACAGCGUUUGACAUAUUUGACGUGGAAUUGCGCCGUGCCGGCCGGAGGGUGACCGGCGCUGGCAUGAUUUCGUUCAGCAAGUCUUGAUCGCUGUUGUCAGGUCAGGGCGUGGUGCGGGUCGUUGGUUAUGCUUGCGCGUACGGUCAAUGGAGGGAGAGUUAUGUUGGUAGGGCAGUUAGCCGUCAACCGCAGGGCUGCUGGUACGCAUGCUCUGGUCAGUGGACUGCUGACAAACUAACUGACGUAGCAAGGAAAAACUGCAAUUAUCUUUGGCAGUAGGAUAGAAAUGGACAAUUAACCCCAGCGACUACGUGUAGGUUAAAACAAUGGAAGUCGCCAAAACGAGGCAAAUCUGUGUACCAAAAUACCAGUGCUAAACAGCCGAUGUACGCUAUGCACAUGCGACUGGGGCGAAUUUGGUUGUUCUGGGUGGUAUUUGGGUUCGGAGUCGAAGAGUCUUCCUGUGUGUUUCCUAGAUCUGAUCUAAAAUCCAGGACUGUCAGUCCGUGCACAGGGAGCCGGCUCUCCAACUCAAUGCGGCUGAUAUCGCUUGGGUUUCUCAGUGUCCUGAGUGCACAAGGAAAUUAGAGCACGAGAUUUUAUGUAGAAAGACAUUUUUGUUAAGCCUCCGAAGCGAACGUGCAAUGUCUGAUCCGCCGAUUUUAUGUCAAUUAUCUAACCGUACGUAGCCAUGGGCUCAAAACGUUUUUAACAAUAGAUUCCUGUAUGAUAUGGCCAGUAUCUGAGUUUAAUUAAAACACAUAUCACAUCUACAUUGUAUUCUUGCGGUUCUCGCCAACUUUUGACCAAUAAUGUUACAAUACAUGAAAGACACGCAAAUAUAUACACGCUUAUGAUUGUGCGCAC